AGCGGCCUCGUUGCGACCCAUGACGAGGACGAGCACAAGUAUCUCUGCAACACCAACCAGCUGGAGAGCUUCUCCAACAUCGUGGGCAUGAUGCCCAUGCUGAGGGAGCCGGUCAGUGUGUUCACUGGCCUCAGAGUCACGUCCUUGGCCGUCACGGUGGUCAACGAGUUCACCGUAGCUUUUGUCGGGACGGAAGACGGGAGGAUCAAAAAGCUUGUUUUGGCCACAGGCAACCGGGCUGUGGAGUACUCAGAGGUCGCGGUCUUCAAAGGUCAACGGAUUUUGCCGGAUAUGAGAUUUGACGCCAAGGAAGAGAACUUGUACGUGAUGACAGAGACAAACGUUACAAAGGUGUCUGUUCAGACCUGUGGCGAAGCAGAUACGUGCACGGGGUGUUUGGGCGAUGGAGACCCCUAUUGUGGAUGGUGUUCAUUGGAGAAAAAAUGUGCGCUCCGGGGUAGUUGCCCUAAUUCAGAUGACCCGAAUCAGUCUCGCUGGCUUCACGGGAAUUCCAACCAGUGCAUCUCCAUCACCAACAUCUCGCCCACUACCGCCUCUGUCAACAGUGUGAAAGAGCUCCACCUGACGAUCCCUCAACUGCCCAUGACGUCCAGCUACACCUGCGUCUUCCUGGAGCUGGACUGGAGCUGUCCCGCCAAGACCUGGUCGUUCGGGACGGUGUGCACCACGCCCGACUUCCACAAGCUGGGCAUCUCCAUGGGUACUGAGGGCUUCCGCACUGUCACCGUCGCUCUCAACUCCACUGAGACGGGAAAACUGUUCGUCACCAAGAAUUUUACCUUUUACAACUGCUCCAACUUUCACAGCUGCAUUAGCUGCACCAACUCGAGCUUCGAGUGUGACUGGUGUGUCUAUGACAACGGUUGCUUUGACGACACCAGGAACUGCCAGUCCCACAUCGUGAGGGGAAAGAGUAACCCCAAGCCAGGUCGACACGGGUCCCGGCACUGCCCACAGAUUGACACCAGGAUUACUAAGGACAUUUAUCUUCCCGUCGGAGUAAGGAAGACCAUCUUGCUCAAAGGUUACAACAUUCCAGAUCUGCCUAAAAACUAUGAAUGUAUAAUUGAUACUGGCACUCAGAAACUGCCAGCCCCUGGCAAGAGACAUGAUGAGCAAAGUUUGACGUGUGAUAUUCCAGCACUCGACUAUGGAGAAAAUAAUGGCACAUUGGAGGCAGACUUGACAGUCAGAUGGGGAAAGAACUUCUUGCUUGAGAGCACAUCAAGGCUUAUUGUGACUUUGUACAAGUGUGAUGUACUAGCUGCAAAUGAAUGCAGUCUGUGUGUCAAUCUGAACUACACUCGACCCUAUCUGGAAUGUUUCUGGUGCCAGAAUACGUGUCAGUACAAGACCAAUUGUCAGCAGCACGCCAGUGUGACGUGUCCAGCACCAAAAAUCAAUUCGGUGUGGCCAUUGUCAGGACCAAUCCAAGGAGGAACAAACGUCACAAUUGAAGGAAGCAAUUUAGGAGCAAAGUUUGAAGAUAUCGAAAAAGCUGUGACCAUUGCCAAUGUAGGAUGCCUGCCAUUCAGAUCACUGUAUUCUCCGUCAAAAAGAAUCGUGUGCCAGACCCGCUGGAGGGGACAGAUCGCUGAAGGCCCUGUCAUAGUCAGCCUAGAUAAGGCCAGCAGCAAGUACCAAUCGAAUUUUCAGUACAGAAGCCCGAGAAUUGAAAGCAUUGAACCAACAUUUGGUCCAAAGUCUGGAGGGUCUCGAAUCACUGUUAAAGGCCAAGACAUGGACACUGGUGGCCGUCAUGAAGCUUCAUUUGGAGACAUACCAUGUGUUGUUGACAGCACCAAGACCACCAACAGCUCCAUAGAGUGCAUCACAUCCAAGGUGUGGCAGCCUGAGCCAAAGACACCCAUCAAGGUCUUCUUUGACGAAAAAGAAUACUCUGUGAACACUUUCUUCGUGUACAAGGAAGAUCCAACAAUCACAGGAAUUGGACCUUUGAAAAGCAUACUGGAAGGUGGACGCACUCUCACUGUGAUGGGCACAGAGUUUCAGUACAUUCAGGAACCCAAGAUGUUUGCCUGGGUGCCAACACUCAGUGGGGAACAGUACCCCACCAACAGCACUGUCUGCAAAGUGAUGAACAACAAUGUGAUGAAAUGUCCCUCCCCACCACUUGUUGAUUCCCUCAAGAACAUUAUCCGCUCCAAACGAUCUGAGCCCAAAGACCAUAAAGUCCCACCAGUGAAAGUUGUCCAGCUUGGCUUCAUCAUGGAUGGUGUUCUAGCUCUGCGGAACUUGUCCCACGUUCCAAAGAUGAACUCCAAGUUGCAGUACUACCCAAACCCAAGAGUGUAUAACUUCACUGAAGCAAAUGGAAUUAAAAAACUGAAAGGAGAGAACCUUAUAAUAGAGGGAGCAGACUUGAACAUUGCAGCAGAAAAACCUGAGGUUUCUGUCACUAUUGGCUCGGAGCCCUGCAAUGUUAGCGUCUUCUACAUCGACCAGAUUGUCUGUAAGCUGCCCACAUCCCAGCCAGAGGGUACUGUUGGCAACACUGGUGAAAAAGACAGGAAAAGUCUACCAUAUGUUCGGGUGAAAAUUAACAACUUGGAGUUUCUGGUUGGCCGUGUAGAGUAUGAUGUUCCAGAGACGUUCACGUUUCCAACAGAAGCAAUUGCUGGCAUCGCAGCUGGUGGAAGCUUCCUGCUUCUGAUUAUCAUAUUGAUACUCAUUAUCUACCGACGUCAGAGCACAAAGGCUGAGAGAAUCUACAGGAAGCUGCAGAUUCAGCUUGACAAUCUUGAAAGCAAUGUUAGGAAUGAGUGUAAACAAGCCUUUGCCGAGUUGCAGACAGACAUGACAGACCUCACUGGAGACUUGAUAUCUAGUGGCAUUCCUUUCUGGGACUUCCAUAGCUACACUUUCAAGGUCCUCUUUCCUGGAAUGACUGACCACAUUAUCCUUCACCCUCCAAUUCAAAAGAAUGGAAGGUUCCAGUUCUCAGAUCAUGGUCUGCAGCUAUUUCAUCAACUCCUGAGCAAGAAAGUGUUUAUGAUCACGUUUAUAAGGACUCUGGAGGAGCAGAGAGCAUUCAGCAUCAGAGACAGGGCAAAUGUUGCCUCUCUGUUGAUGAUUGUCUACUUGAACAAUAUGGAGUAUGCCACUGACAUACUCAAGUCUUUGCUGGUGGACCUAGUUCAGAAGUCUGUGGAGGGUCGCCAUCCGAAGCUCAUGCUGAGAAGGUCUGAGUCAGUUGUUGAGAAGUUGUUGACAAAUUGGCUGUCAAUUUGCUUGUAUAAAUACCUCAGGGACUAUGCAGGAGCAUCUUUAUUCAUGCUGUACAAAGCAAUCAAACUCCAAGCUGAGAAGGGUCCGGUGGACGCUGUCACUGGCGACGCACGCUACUCUCUCUCCGAAGACACUCUGCUGAGAGAGAAAAUUGAGCCCAGAGUUCUUACUCUGAAUGUGGAAAGCGGAGGAGAAAUUGUCCAGUGUCGUAUCCCAGAUUGUGAUACCAUCACACAAACCAAGGAGAAAAUUCUGGACCACAUCUACAAAAAUAUUCCUUUCUCCCAAAGACCACAUGUUCGAGAUCUUGAAUUGGAAUGGCGCAAUGGACCUACAGGCCCAUUAACCCUCACUGAUAUUGACAUAGCAUCACAGAACAAAGAUGGAUGGAGACGUCUCAAUACACUGUCAUUUUACCGAGUGCACGACGGUGCUUACAUGACCUUGCUUCACAGACAGCAAACCAUGAAAUCUAUGAAUGGUUCCCUUGAUAACUCAGUGCUUUCCAUAGGUUCUGUGUCACCAAUACUCAAGAAAGACCAAGAGUCUGGCUUCAAAGAAUGGCAUCUGGUCAAGCAUGAGGACACUCCCGUCAAAGAUGGAGGUGUGAAAAUGAUUUCAGAGAUCUUCCUUACUCGGUUGCUUUCUACGAAGGGCACCUUGCAGAAGUAUGUGGACGAUUUCUUCAAAAAUAUGUUGAGUGCCUCCCCAUACGUUCCCCCAGUCAUCAAAUAUUUGUUUGAUUUCUUGGAUCACCAAGCUGAUGUGUAUGGCAUCUCUGACCACGAGGUGGUGCACACAUGGAAAUGCAACAGCUUACCUUUGAGAUUCUGGGUGAACAUCAUAAAGAACCCAGACUUUGUGUUUGAUAUAAACAAGCCAAGAAUAGUGGACUCGUGCCUCAGUGUGGUUGCCCAGACUUUCAUGGACAGUUGUUCCACAUCAGAACAUCGACUGGGCAAGGAUUCUCCGUCCAACAAGCUGCUCUUUGCCAAAGACAUUUUGCAUUAUAGGAAACUGGUGGAGAAAUACUUCACCGAAGUAAGAGAAAUGCCCUCUCUAAACGAGCAGGAAAUGAAUGCCUUCCUUGCAGACAUCUCAAGGACCAGUCCAAAACUCUUCUACAUCUCCAGUGCAUUAGGAGAACUUUAUAAAUAUGUCUCCAAAUAUAAAAAUGAGCUGAUGGAAGCUCUGGAGCAAGACAACCAGGCCAGUGCCUUGCAGCUGUCCUGUAAACUCGGCCAUGUUGUUUCUUGUAUGGAAGGACCGUCGGGCACUAUGGCCUAUGUAUGAUACCAGGAGGCUGGUCAUAAUGGACUUGAGCUUGACUGUUGCCUGAAAAUGCUUCCUGUAUUGUGAUAUUCAUUGCUGAAUAUGAACAGCUUCCCUUGAAGGAUGGUGCAUAAAAAUGCUGAUCAUCGGAGUACCAGUGCUCUCUGCUUAUUCGGAUUUUUUCAAACUGUGUUUUGUGAAUUUGUGACACUGUCAUGGUGAUGCUCAAGGUAGCCUUUGGCCUAUACUGAUUCAGAGGUCAGAAAUACCACAUUGAGCAAAUAUUAAAUUCAUUGGCGCAUUUUAACGGAUAUCAAUUCGUGAUAAACAUUCACUAAUGUGACCUCCUGGAAACAGAUUUGUUCCUUGCUCAGUGGAAAUGUUUUGUGUGAUUGAAACUCUCUCAAAGAAGCAAAACGUGGUCGUCUGUCUUCAGUGUGAGACUUAACAGUAUUAAACUUUAGCAAGCAAAAGAUGUUCCCUUGUUGUGGUGAAAAUCGCAGCAGAACAUUAAAUCUAAAGGCGAUCAUCUCAGUGCUCAAAGUCUGAGGAUCUGUUUUCAAUUGCAAAGACAGAUUUUUUUUUUUGAAAGGUGGAAUAUCAGGACUUAUGUAAAACGUAAUGUAUGGUAUUUACUAUUUGUUCUUGUUGUCCUCAGUUUAGCGUAAGUUAUUCUGUGGUGCAAUGAAACUCUGUGUACUGCCUUGUAAAAAACAGGUUUGAUAGCUCAUGUGUUUUCAAGUGGGCGAAAGUAAGGUGGACUCAAAGAAUUCUGUGGACUUAUUUCCUUGCUUUGAAAGUGAAAUAUGUGGCCUAGAUGACGUUGAGAUUUUGCUUGCUGUUGUUGAGCUGCAGUCAACAGAGACGCUUUUGUGCAAGUGCAUGUCAGGGUCUGUAAGACUUGAACUCACUCUCAUCAACAAAGACUUGGGCUUUGAAGACACUGCAAAUCUGAAAACCUCAGAAAGUUAACAAUCCCUUUGUCUUUCAUUAACUUCAUAGACCCUUUUCAUAUUAUGUCAAAGCCAUGUUUCACUCAACAGAGCAAAAGUGUGUCUUUGACUCAGACCAGAUGGUUUUCUUUUUGAAGAAAAACAUUUCCUCGACAAGCUGUUCAAAUGUACUAAGUCCAGAGAGCAAAAUUUUUACAGUGAAAAAAGUUAUGGUUCUUUUUUUUAACAAUUGUACCUAAAUUGUGUACUUUUUCUUUAUAUUUUUUCAACAUUUAGAAUUUGAAUUUUAGGUACAUGUUUCUGUGGCAAUUGCAACAGGUAUCUUAGACUAGGAAACUACAAUUAAAUGAUUGUUUAAAAAUUUUGGGCUUAGAGUACAUUUAAAGAGCUGGUCAACGAAUUAUGCAUUGUUUUAAACCUUAUGAAAGAUACAGCUGUUGAGCAUGCACCACUCUACUGAGUUGAUGAAAAAUGGCUGAUUGUUGAGCUGUACAGAAACAUGGCAACUGCUUGCUUCAGUUUCAUGUUUGACAAAUUAUGCUUGGAUUUAUGACUUAGUCGGCAUAAUGCUCAAAACCUUUUUGUUAGCAAUAAUGUAACAUAUCACUGCAUUGCGACUGCACCGUUAUAUUUCUUACAUUAAAGUAAGUUAAGUAUUACCAGUAUUCUCAAGGAUCGACUGUGGAUCAAGCAGUUUAAAAUUUGAGUUUUUCUCGCGCAGUUCAAAUUAAUCCAAAAUAAAGACUUGUGUUAAUCAAAGUUGUUGGUUUUUCAGAAUACUUGAGUGCUGAACAGACCAUAAAGUCUGUGAUAAGGUCAGUCUUCAUUGUGAAGAGGAUCUUUUAACAAAAAUUUAUAGACAGCAUAAAGUUCUCAAUAUAUUUCAUUGAUUAUGAGAAUUACAAGUCAAGUACAUAGCAUAGAUAAUAAGAUAUAUGAAAAUCGGAUAAACAAGGGAAUUCCAGUUUCUGGAAGUUAGUGUUGGAGGACACAAGGUAAAAUUUAGUCUACUUUUGAGCUGCCCUGCAGUGAAACUCUGCAAAAGCUGAUGCCUAAUGAUGAGGCAGGCCCUGCUUUUGCAAAGCACAAUAUAGAGCCUUCAUCUUGAAAUAUCUGCACUGAUUAUAUUACCUAAGCCUACAUUUACUGCUGCUGUGCUAUAUUGUGUGUUUGUUUUAAGUGUUUCAUUUUCUUUUUCUUGCUGUGUGAGGAUUUGGUCCAAGUACCAGUUACAAGUAGAAUGGGUUGGUUUUUUUUCAAGCAAGGUAUAUUAUGUUCAAUCCACUUCAAGCUAAAAACCUGGGGGUGUAGUUUUGUGCACAAUUAGCAAAGAGCUUCCAUUGCAUGUAUGUGUUUGAAUGAGUCGCAAAAGUGAAAGAGGUUGCUUCGAUUUAUUUUGUCUUGUUAUCUAGCGUCUUGUCUUCUAUUUACAGGGGUUUACAUCACUCCUUCCAUACGGCUUUUGUAUAUAGAAAACAUUUUUCAUAUUCUGUUGAUCACGAUAUUUACUCUAGAGGUGAAGAUAAGCACAUUGAUUUUUUAAAACCACAACCCUUCAAUCCAUCGCUUGAUUUGCAGUACCUAUUAUGAUUCUGUGUUUAACAUUCCAAACAAUAUCCUGCUAUGCAAAUUCUGGCAAUGUUUUGCUGGUUCUUUUGAAGUGUCAGUUGUGCUGCUUGUCGGCUAGUCUGGCAAAAAAAAAAAAAAAAAGAAACACCAACAGAUGUCAGAAGAAUUCUUUCCUGCUUUCUUGGGAUGUAUGCCUCAUAGAUCAGCAAUGGAGCUACGUGUCUUUUUUUUAUGUGACCCUAUAAAAAUUACACCCUGAAAGAGUUACAAACUUAAAAGUAUUUUUAUUUAAGCAGCAAAAAAAAAAAUCCACAAAAAAACACAGACCAGAACUCACAACAGAGCGCAUGGUAACAUGAGUUGUUUUUUUCUUGAGCUGAUAGUAUGAACAACAUGUAUUAUGCUGAUGAUACAGUCUUGAUAGCUGAUUCUCAGUCCAAUAAUUCCAGGAGAUUCUCUCUAGAGUGACAGAGGAAAGUGAAAAGAAGGGGCUACAAAUGAACGCCUAGAAAACGGAAUAUAUGGUGUUGACAUCCCAGUUAGCAACACUACAUCAUGUAAGAAUGAAAGUAUAAAACUGUUCAGCAGCUCAAAUACUUUUCUUGUUCAAUUACCCCAGAUUCAAAAAGUGACACAGAGAUAAAACAGAGUAUUGCAAUAUCUAAAGAAGCUUUCAACAAAGUGAAGUCCACUACCUUCUUACACAGAAAUAUAACAGUGAACACAAAGAUAAGAAACCAGAAAACGCAUCAUGUGUGACCAAUCCUUGUGUAUGGAUACAAGAGCUGGACUCUAAACAAGGACAUGGAGAGAAGACUUGAAGUCAAAAGUCAAGUGUUGAUUCGAAUGAUUGAAAUCCAAUAUAGGCCUACAGUAGACUAGGUUUUGAACUUCGAAAACUGUGGGUAAUAAUGAUUGCAUCUUAAGCUAAACUAACAUUUUCUUUUGUCUUUGCCCAAGUCUAAGAUCUGCCUCUUACAGAUUUUAUUUUGAAUUUUGAAUCAAUAUUUUUAUAUCUUUUUUUUUACGAUGUAAUAUAAUAUGAAAACAUUUUUUCAUUUUUAUAGUUUUGCCUUGGCUUUGUAUUUUUUUCCCAGGUAACAUCCGUUUACAGCUUAACAAGAAUUUUUUUUCCCAAGAGAGAAAAAAAGUCUGCAGUUUUUUUUAGGAAAAUAAAAUAAAAUUCUUGCCUCUGGAACAGUAAAAUUAUGGUAAUAAAAACAGAAGAAUGAAUUUUAGAGAAUCAUUUCACCCAGAUUGGCAUCAAUAGUCCUUGUUAAUUUAGAAAGCAUCAUUUGGGCAUUUUUAUGUGUGUCAGUUAGGUGGCUUAUCUCUCAGAUAUGUGAAGAAUUAAAAAAUCCUAUUGCCUUUCCGUGAUUUCUUUUAAUGUGUAGGCAUAUUCUUCUUCUUAAAUUUUACUGUGCUUGGAAACUGUUCUUGUACUCUCAUUUGCAUGUUGUUGUUGUGUUAAAAUUUCUCAUAUAAGCCUUGAAAUUGAAAAAAAGAACAGACGAAAUGAACAUUGUUUCUAUUUAUGCUGUACAGCGGUCAAUGUAUUUACCAUAGUUUGACAGGGGUCAGUUUAAUGUAGAAAAUACAAUCAAAGAUGGAUGACAGUUUCAACUCAAGAUAACAAUUCAUUCCAUUUCCGGUAAGUUUUAACAUGCACAUAGAAAGCAUUAGCUUUACAGAUGUGACAUCAUUUGCUUCCAUGAAUGGAUUUUUCUGCUGAUUUUACCCUGCAUUUAUGCCCUUUGAGCAGAGGGCCAGAUAAAUUUUUUAUCAGAAUUGGUGGUUGGGGAACUUCUUUCUUUUUAACUGCAAUGAAAGUCUUCAUCAUAAACUUGAUUUGAAUUGUCUUUUAUACUCUUUGUAAGUAAGGCAUCAUUGGCCUAGUGUGCGUGUGUAUGUAUGUGCGUGUGGGAGGGAGGGUGUAUAUUUGUGUAUGUGUAAUUGUGUAUUUGAGCACAAGUAUGUGUGCACACCUUCAUUUACAUAAGAAUGUGGAUGUGCAGGCAUACAAAAUGUGUCGAGUGUGACUAACAUAUCUUUUUUGCAUGGUGCCGUUUGAAUGAAUGGGUGGUCCUUCAUACUUUUAACUUCUCUCUGUGUAUAAAAGACACUUCCUCUUCCUCAUUCAGUGGGUCUUUCGUAUGCAGACAAAGAAACAAUUAAAAGGGUGCUUAUGUGUGUGCAUACUUCCAGUGUUGUAAUCUCUGUGUGUUUUUGAACUCUCAGUGCUGGAAAAAAAAGAAAAUGUAAGCUUCACAUGUGGAAAUGUAUUUUAUGCUGUUUCUUUGCUUCUGGAGAAAAAAAAA